AUGGCACAUAAAGUCCAAGACGUCCUCGGCUCCGUCACCGGCGGCCUCGUCGGCAACAAACUCCCCACCCGCAAACUGGGAAAGAAUGGUCCUCCCGUCACAGCUCUCGGAUACGGAACCAUGGGACUGAGCGCUUUCUACGGCACCCCGAAGCCUGACAACGAGCGGUUUGCGGUGCUCGAUAAGUGUUUCGAGCUGGGAGAGUUGCACUGGGAUUCGGCGGACAUGUAUCAGGACAGCGAGGAUUUGCUAGGUGAGAUGAGAGCCUACAGAGGGAAUGCGAGAAUUAGCAGGAUUGAUGGCUGAUAUGUAUGUGUGUCUGUUGUGCGUAGGCAAAUGGUUCAAGCAAAACCCCGGCAAGCGAGAGCAGAUUUUCCUCGCGACCAAGUUUGCGAAUUGCUCGGAUGCGGAUGGGAAUCGAUGGGUGGAUUCCACGCCGGAGUAUUGUCGUAAGGCUUGCGAGAAGUCUUUGUCGAGACUCGGUGUGGAUCAUAUUGAUCUCUGUAUGUUUCGUGACUAUUCCCUGUGCGAGUUGCCGGGGGCUUGCUGACAGGCUGCGACACCAGACUACGCUCAUCGUCUCGAUGGCAAGACGCCGGUGGAGAAGACCGUUGAGGAGAUGAAGAAGCUCAAGCACGAGGGUAAGAUCAAGUAUCUUGGUCUGUCCGAAUGCUCCAGCGAGUCUCUUCGUCGUGCGUGCAAGGUCGAGCACAUUGAUGCUGUUCAGAUUGAAUAUUCGUGAGUCGAAAGUGAUUGCUGCUUUCUUGUCCUUUCUCUACUGACGGCCGAAGUCCUUUCACUCUCGAUAUCGAACGCCCAGAAAUCGGCCUUCUCAAGACUUGCCGCGAGCUCGGCGUCGCUGUCGUCGCUUACUCCCCCAUCGGCCGUGGCAUGCUCGGUGGUCAGAUCCGCAGCCCCAAGGACUUCGAGAAGGGCGAUUUCCGCAGCUUCGCUCCACGCUUCUCUGAAGAGGUACAUCAUCAUCUGUCCCUUGGCUCCGUUGAUGCAAACGCACUAAUUCCGUCUCUACUCGCAGAACUUCCCCAAGAACCUCGAACUCGUCGACAAGAUCAACGCCAUUGCGAAGAAGAAGGACGUCACGCCGUCUCAACUCACCCUCGCCUGGUUGAUGGCUCAAGGAGAGGACAUCAUCCCCAUCCCCGGCACGACCAACUUGCAACGCUUGGAGGAGAAUCUGGGCUCGCUGAAGAUCAAGCUCAGCAGCGAGGAAGAGAAGGACAUUCGCGCGGCGUGUGAAGCGGCGGAGGUCAAGGGCGAUCGAUACCCAGAGGGAUUCGCGAAGGCUUGCUUUGCGGACACUCCCCCUCUCCAGUAG